GUUUAGUUGGUGUUGUACGAGGAUGGGAGUGAGCGGGUUGUGUAUCUGUGGUGCGACGCUUGUCCUGUUGGCCACGGUGGUCCCUUCCCAUGCCGGGCUGUACACUCCGGAUGAGCCGGUGGUGCAUCUCGAUAGAAAGGCCCACACGUACUUGUUGGGAUCCCGCAGUUUUUGGGUGGCAGAAUUUUAUGCGUCUUGGUGUGGCCACUGUCAGCGUUUCAAACCAUCAUGGAGUGGUCUGGCCGAGGAUAUCAAGGACUGGAGACCAGUGGUGUAUUUGGGUGUGAUAGACUGUGCCGAGUCGUCCAACUUCGAAACAUGUAAUGAAUUUGGAGUCGAAGGAUAUCCUACUAUUAAGUCCUUCAAAUCCUUUACAAAAGAAGUUUCUCAAGGUGUUUCAGAGGACGCGGUCCAUUCUGUCCAGGCGUUAAGGGAAAACAUUAUUACAAGACUGGAGGAACAAAAGGAUUCCAGACCCUCUUCAUGGCCCCCCUUGGAGCCAAUCAGUACAUUUGAAGUUGAAAAUUUCUUCAAAACUAAACAAGAGAAUUAUCUGGCACUGAUAUUCGAGGAACCCUCAAUGUACAUAGGACGAGAGACCACAUUGGAUAUGGUACAGUAUGAAGGUGUCUCUGUGCGCAGGGUCCUUAGAGAUCAGAAUGACAUGGUUAACAAAUUCUGGAUAACCUCCUAUCCAUCUCUUGUCUUGCUGAGUCGAAAUGGAUCCAACACUGUAGUAAAUUUGAAAGCAGACACUCGCUCUUCAUACACUGACUUCUUGCGUUCACUCCCUGGAGUGAGGAAAAAAAACCUCUUUAUCAUUGGGGUGGCCAACAACGGUACUACCGAACAAGAUGAUAGACGGAUUGCAGACAGUACCAAACUAUAUAUGGCAGAUCUGGAGUCAGCAGUGCAUUAUACUCUGCGAGCAGAAGUUUCACGUUUCAGCCAUUUGGAAGGAGAAAGACUUGAUGCUCUCAUCGCCUAUGUCAGUGUACUGAGAAAGUAUUUUCCUGCCCGACCUUAUGGGACAACACUGCUAAAAUCUAUCCACUCCUGGCUCCAUGAUCGUGCAGGGAAAGAAGUCCUUUACAAAGACUUUGAGAAUGUCUUAAACAACAAGGAUGAGGCUCAGAAUGCGGUGCUAUCUUCCAGUGUGAAUUAUGUGUGGUGUCAGGGCUCCCAUCCCAAUUUCCGUGGUUUUCCAUGUUCUCUCUGGACCCUUUUCCACUUCCUCACUGUCCAGGCCUCUGAAGACACCGCUGCACCUCCUACGGAGGUGCUUCUGGGAUUGCGAGGCUACGUGAAAAACUUCUUUGGCUGCAGAGAGUGUGCUGGGCACUUUGAGAGCAUGGCAGCAGAAUCAAUGAAUACUGUCAACACUCUGGAUGAAGCCAUCCUAUGGCUUUGGGAUCGCCAUAAUCGUGUGAACAAAAGACUUGCAGGGCAACCAAGUGAGGAUCCAGAAUUCCCAAAACUUCCGUGGCCAUCAAAAACACUUUGUCCCUUUUGUCAAGUCGAGGAUGGUGGAGAUGAGCUGGCUUGGGACAUUCCAAAUGUUCUGAACUUUAUGAAGACUCAUUAUUCAAGGCAAAACUUGGCAAAUGAUUAUCUGGAGGAUGAGGAGGUGCUCUUGGAAAGACAGAAGAAUGGCACUAAGAAAGAAGUAACAAAGCCAAAUGAAGAUAUCUCGGUAGAGGAAACCAGUGACAAGACCGAGAGCCACAUUAAUCUAAGGUAUCCACAACGAAAUGCAGAAGAUCAUGAAAAUAAAAACGUACCCCUUACAACUCAAGAAACCAAUCCAGACAAGAACCCAACAGAGUCAGAGGUUCAGUUUGCAGCCCAUCUGAGAGUAGAGGAUGAAAAAAAUACUGGUGAAGGAAAUUCGUUUUUGCUUAGUUUGUUGCCAAGCAGAUCUCUGCAGGGUUCCAUUGAGCUUGGCAGUGACCAUGCUCUCCAGGCUAAGAUAAUCAUUGAUAUCCCAGAAGAGGAGUUUGACCACAUUGCAGUGAGGAAACGGCUGUUGAGAAGGGGUAUUGAUGAAAACUUCAUUGGAGUGGUAGCUGAAAAGGGGACCGUAAAUGUAAAGGGACGCUUGGGUAAGAUGCUGGAAGUGGGAUUUUCUCGCCUGGACAUAAGCCUAUGUGUGUUAUUGUAUUUCCUUUCCAGUAUGUGCUUGCUCUGCAUGUACCUAUACAUGAGCCUCCGAACACGUUGCCUUCGGCAGCGAACUUUCUAUCCAUAAGCAUGGCGUAGGCAUUCUCUGUGUGAGCAGCAGCAUGCCUCACUUCCAAGAUCUAUAAUAAUACAGCCUUCCAAUGCACAGUCUUCCUAUGGCCAACAGUUUUAAAGAGUCAGUCAUUGUAAUAAACUGAUGCCUUUUAUGAAAAUAAUA